GAUGCAGUGCCAGGGCCAGGCAGUCCCGGAAGGGGCGGCCGCAUUCUGCCCACUGCUGAGACAGGGACGGAGGUGCCACCGCCGCCAACCCCCCCACACCGACACUGCCACGACCACCCUCUCCAUCCACCCCUCCAGUGCAUCCACACAGUUCCAUCUGAAUUCCUCACCUCCAUCCAGACCUCCUCUGUAGCCACCCAAGCUAUUCCAGCCGGAGCCAUGGCAUCGCAGCUGGAAGGGGCCAUGGAGACGCUCAUCAACGUCUUCCACCACUACUCGGGCAAAGAGGGGGAUAAGUACAAGCUGAGCAAGAAGGAGCUGAAGGAGCUGCUGCAGAGCGAGCUGGGCUGCUUCCUGGAGACCCAGAAGGACACGGGGGCUGUGGAGAAGAUCAUGCAGGAUCUGGACGAGAACGGCGACGGGGAGGUGGACUUCCAGGAGUACGUGGUUCUGGUGGCUGCCCUCACCGUGGCCUGCAACACUUUCUUCUGGGAGAACGCCUGAGCCGGGCUCCAGCCCCACAGCACCCAACCACGGCACCCCCAAAAGCAGAGCCCC